UACUCUGUACGUGUGUGCUGUGCAGUGCGUGGUUUUUGUGAGACUGAUUCCUGUUCCUGGAGGAGUGUGGCCAAGGAGGCCUAAGCUGGAGAGGAGCUAUAGGGUCUGCGGAAGUUCAAUAUGGUCAUUGUGGAAACUCGACUUUAUUAAUGAUUGUGUUUGAUUAUAUUGUUUUACUAUUUGUGGACAGAAAAAAAAAUGAUUUUGGCCUAAUUUAGGCUUUAUGUGGAUGACACAUAGGCUUAGGCUGAGUGUGAACUUUGGAGUUAUCCAAAUUACAUCUUUUUUUUUUUUAUAAACUUGAUUGGGAGUGACUCGCCUGUGUAUGUACAAUUUUGUUGUGUAUAAGAAAGAAUUUGGGCUGAGUUGCAUCAUUAUUAUAAUUUUCAAUUUUGUUAUUAUAUAUUUUCUUAUUAUUUUUCUCAUAAUAUUGAAAUGGUAUGUUUGUUUUAAGAUAGGCUACUUUGUGCAUAGUAAAAGUAGAAAGUAUAAUGCAAGGGUGAGCAUUAUACAUUCCCAAUUUUUUCUGUUUUUCUCAUUGGGAAAUACGUCAAGAUAAUGAUGUUCUGAGAAUGGGUUUUUUAGUAGUGGAUCUGUAGUGUAAACUUUGGAUAAACGUACUGUAGGGUGUUGUUGAAAGGAGAUCAUUAAAAGUAAUGCCAUGGCCUUCAGACUUCGCUUUUUUACAAAGGUGAAUGUACCUUCCCUAGCAUACAUUUACCGAGAUAGGCCCUAAAUGGAUUCCUUAAUUGACUAUAAAUGUGUAGGAUGGUGGACAAGCUAUAUUUUGCCAGUCAGUGCUUGGUAGGGAUUUCUUUGCCUUUGCUGGGGUAUGAAGAGCAGAGGCCAUGGUAUUACUGGAUUUGGUUAUGCUUGCAUAGUCUCAUGCAGCAGAAAGAGAGCACAGGACCAACGGGGAGUGAAAGUGACACGGGGGACGGAGAAUUUGAGCCUACGGCAGAAAUGCUAGUAGAUGAUUUCGAUGAUGAAAGAACGCUAGAUGAAGAGGAGGAUAUGGAAGAGGGUAGUGAUAGGGAGGAAGAGAUCGAUACCCUGCAGAAGGUGGGUGGCGUUGCUAACCUGCAGAAGGUGAGGGUGACCUGAUUCUCUGGUAGAGGUACAGUUGUGGAUGCAGAAUAAUGACUGUUCAUAAGGAUGACCACCUUUAAACAUAGACUGGAAUUGGAGUCAGAGAUACUGUUGAAAAUAAGUAAUUUCCUCGAAAGGAUGUAUUUUGAUACACUUAUUCCGUUGAGGAUUCUGAUUUGAUACUCAAUAGAUUCACAUGCAUUCACAUACACUGCAUAUACUUUCAUCAAGCUUUUUUCUCCUUCACCUCCUCCACCAUCUCC